ACGUGAAUUAAGAAUUCCUAAAACCUACAAAACUGUUUUUACACUCACAAAUAAGUUGUUCUAACGAUUUUUUUUGAAUAUAAUAAUCAAGUCUCGAAUUUGUUAGAUUCUAUAGAAAUUUCGUAAAAUACUGAAGGCUGGUGCUUUUUUAAAAGCGCACAAUAUGGUUUUGUUUAUCCCAUCGUUGCCAUUAGACAUAUGUCAACAUUUUAUAGUGAUCUAGCAAAAGAAAUAGAAGACGAAGAUACCCCAUUCAAUUAUAAUGAAAGUGUACAUGAAGACAAUGAUCUCGAUGAUCUACUAAAUUCACUUGAUCAGAAAGACGACUUAAAAUUUCGAAAGACAGUUUUAAAACAGAAUGGUGAUUCCAAUUCCAGCCUAGAAUUCGGAAGACACACUGAAAAGACUAAAAGCCAAACAAAAUCCUCAAAAGCCAUUCUUGAUGCCCUUAUAGACCCAUUCGAUGUUUCAGAUCCUGUUUUUGCAAAGACAGAAAAACCUGCUUAUAAAUUAGAUCCUGAAUUUGUAGAUGAAUCCAAACGACGUCCUAAUUCAUCGACUCCUAAAAGAACAGUUAGAUUUUUGGACGACGUUGGAAAAGAACACCAGGAGGUAUCUGGUGAUAGGCAGUUUGGUGACUCAUCUGGUUUUGAUCAAUUCGAUUUAGACAUACAAACGACUAAAACGUUAUGCAAUAAUAACAACUCUAGUUCAAUUAGACCUCAAACAGCUCCAACGCCAUCAGGAUGUGGAAAAUUCACAUUUAAAAACCUAAUUGAUAAUGAUGAUAAUAAUAAUAAAAGCUCUUCAAAUCAAAUUCUUAAUCUUUUAUCCGAUGAUAAAUUAAUUGACAAUUCAAAAUCAAUGAAAUCUACUCGAUCUCAUACACGUCGUCCUUCAUCAAUAGAAUCAAUUCAUCCAAUUUCAAUCACUCAACUACCAAAUGAUUUGGACAAACUAGACAUUGAUCGUCCACGUUCAACAUCCUCUUCAUUAUCAUCAUUUGAUAGAAAAAAUACUAAUUAUGAAUCUAUGGAGUCGGAAGCCCAAAUUAAACGUCUUGAAAUGGAACAAUUACUAAUUAUGGAGCAAACUUUAAAAACUAAAUUAGAUUUGAUUAAAGAAAGUGCAGAACGUAAAGAGAAUCGUCUUAGAGAAGAAAUCAAUUACCUUGAAAUACAGAAUCAUUUAACAAAUAAAUUGAAUGAAGCACAUCAAACACAUCAACGUGAAUUGAAUGAAUUAAAACAGUCACAUAAUGAAGAAAUUGAAAUGUUAAAAAAACAUCAUCAAGAAUUAAUGGAUCGGUUAAAAUGUGCAUCACAACAUGAAAUACGUACAAUCACUGAAUUACAACCAAAUAGUGAACAAUUAAAAAAUCUUUUAGAACAAAUAAAAACUACUUUAAUCGAUUUAAGUAGAUCACAACAAGAACAAAUAAAAAAUACAACAAUACGACAUGAUCAAUUAACAAGACGUGAAGAAGCAUUACAUAUACUUGAAGAUAAAUUAAAUCAACGUGAGACUUCAUUGGACUAUGAACGAAAACAGAUAGCAGAUUCAUUUUCCAAAUUGGAAAUUCAAUUUCGUGAACAUAAUAAGUUGGCUACAGAUGAUAGAUGGUUAACAAAACAAGAACAUGAUAGAUUGGCAAAAAUUCAAAUUAGUUUAGAAGAAGAGAGACGUUGUCUUAUUGAACAGUCAGGAAGAGCACGUGCUGAAAUGCAACAAUUAGUAUCUACUUUCAUCAAUGAACAUCGUAAUGCUCAAGCAAAAAAUUUAGAAGAACGUAAUUUAAUCGCUGAAGAACAUCAACGUCUACGUACAGAACAAUUAAAUUGGGAAUCGAAACAAAAAUCAGAUGAAUUAGCUUUAAAAAAAUCAAUCAAUAGCUUGAAAGGUACAAAGAAUAUACUUAUUAUCAUUACUGAAACAGCUAAAGAAGAUAUUGAUACAAUGAAAGAGAAAUUAGCAAUGGAACGUCAAUCAUUUAAUGAGAAAAUGAAUAAAUUAAGAAUUGAUGAAAUGAAAUUAGAAGAAACUCGACGACAAUUGGAUAUCGUCAGAUGUGAUCUUGUUCGUGAACAAGACGUGUUAACACAUCGUGAAGAAUAUUUAGAUCAACGACAAGAUGAAUUAAAUAAACGUUCUGAAGUUUUAAAUCAAACAGAGAAACUAUUAAAAGAAUCUGAAACUCGACAUCGUCGUUUACAAGAUGAACAAAGUAAACAAUUCACUGAAUUACAAGAAAAAAAUCAUAAGCUACAUGAAAUGGAAAAACAACUUGUUCUUGAGAAGAAACAAUUAGCACAACAAAUGGAUAAAUUGACUAAAUGUAAAUUAGAAACAGAUAAUCAUUUAAAACAAUCCAUGUGUUUAAAUUGUCGUAUACCAGUUAAAGAAAAUGGUUCUACUCAUCGUUUACAUCAUAAAUUAAACAAUGAUAAUACAGUAAUAAAGACAAAUCAAAAACGAAUUAUAACAAUGAAUGGAAAUAAGAAAGAAUUAAGUAAUGGUACAUGGAAUGAUGUUUCACAGUUACAUACUUCUCAAGAUCGAGAAUCUUUUCAUUUAAAUGAUGAAAGAGAAGAUACAAAACAAGAAAAAUUGUUUAUUUUUGAAUAA